CCAGGUCUGGUCUGUUUGGAAGACCCAAACCCGAGCCAUGGGUGCCCUGUAAAAACCUCGCCAUUGUUCCACGCAGAGAGAGUUGCAGACACUGAACAAGCGAGGAGAAAGAUGGGAGUGGGCGGGCGUCCGCUCGUAUUUUUCUUAACCCUAUUGUUUUGUAUCACAGCCAAUGCUUCUCAUUGUUCAACAAACGGAUUACCACUGGUGAGGAAUAUUAGUGAGCUUCCACAGGAUAACUAUGGAAGGCCUGGGUUGUCACACAUUACUGUCACAGGUUCAAUCUUGCAUGGAAUGAAAGAGGUUGAGGUGUGGCUUCAAACAUUUGCUCCAGGAUCACACACGCCCAUCCAUAGGCACUCGUGUGAAGAAGUGUUUGUUGUCCUAAAGGGAAGUGGUACUCUGUAUCUUGCCUCAAGUUCACAUUCAAAGUAUCCUGGGCAGCCCCUAGAGUUACCCAUUUUUUCCAAUAGCACAUUUCACAUCCCUGUUAAUGAUGCUCACCAGGUCUGGAAUACAAAUAAACAUGAAGAUUUGCAGGUGCUAGUUAUUAUAUCUCGUCCACCAGUCAAAGUGUUCGUAUACGAGGACUGGUUCAUGCCACACACUGCGGCCAAAUUGAAGUUCCCGUUCUACUGGGAUGAACAAUGUUAUCAGACACCAGCAACAAAGGAUGAGCUUUGACUUUUCAAGCCAAAACCCAGACAAUUUGCUAUCUUCUGUCAUGAAUCAAAUAGCAGUUAUUUGCAGGGACAUGAGGGCCGAAAAUGAAAAUAAGACCUCUUACAUACAUUUCUAUUUUGUUUGCUUUGAAAUUAGCUUUAAAGAGAGUAUGUAUCAUAAUUAUCUCAGGAUAAAAUCCUCCAGAAGCUUUCCUUUGAUAGUCUCCUUUCAAACUUUAAUUUCUUAUCAUGUUAGCACUAAAUAGGAUUGAACCCUCAUUUUGAAACUUCGAUAUUGAACAAACUUAGAUAGAAACAAUCAAGCUGUUAUUACAAGGGUGACAAACGAACAGCUCUGCCUAAAGAAACUAAAUAAAACCUUCGAAUUUCUGGCUGCUUGUAUGUAGCAUCAGCCGAUACAAUACAACAAAAUAAUUAUAAAAAAAAUUUCUCUGAUGCUAUGUGAACAUGUCAGGAUUACCCUUUCCUUUUGGUCAACAUGCUUCGACGUUCUGCUUCUCUCUCAGCAGUCAGAACACAGAACUCUGCUCCAAGCAUCUCAUGUAUAUCGAGAUUCAGAGUGCUGCUCAAGUUAACUGUCUCCAUGAUCGCUUCUACAGUAAUAUUGAAGCCUAAAUUGGACAAUACUCUGACUGCAUUUGCCGUUCUGCAUAUAUUUUGCCUAAUCUCCAGUGGUGUGUAAGUUUGUUCUUGUUCUUCAAGAUUCGGUGAACUUGUGGAUUUGGAAUUCUGUUGCUCAGAUUUGUUUGCUUGAUCCUCUACCAUGUCAUCUUUAGCUUCAACAUGUUCACCAACCCAGAUGAACCCGUUACAUCCAAGUACCAAGUCAAUUCCAUACUGCUCUAGGUGGUGGAAAUGUUGUUUC